AUGGCCCAAAAUCUACCACUGCCUAUUUCAAUGGAUGGAGACCAACAAGAUUGGGAGGCAUGGAUAGAGACUAGCAAGAACAAACUGGUGGUUCUACGAGAGAAGGAGGUGGGUGGUGAUAGUUAUUGUGCAAUGGGUGGUCGUGACUGUGUACACGAGAGGAGGUGGCCUAGUGGCCUGGUGGCGUGGAAGAGGGAAGUUGUUGUGCUUGUUGGGGUGAGCUGUUUCACAACCGAGGUUUUGGAAGGAUUCGAUGUGCAGAGAACAAGUGGUCUGGGAGAUACGAUAAGAAAAUAUGGUUUUCUCACUCGAGCAAUAACCCAGUACUACAGAUCUCUGGAUCCUGAAGACAAAGAGAAAAGCUGUGGGGUCUGCUCUCCUUUUGAUGAAUUUAUUAAGAGGUGCCAAGAUUUAGAAAAGAUGACAGUCAGUGAUGUCUUUGCCACCCAACUCAUGCAGGUCCAACAGGUGACAGAGGAGGUUGCCAUCACUGUUCUGGAUUUGUACCCGACCCUGCUAUCUCUUGCUCGUGCAUAUUCUUCACUUGAUGGUGACGUUCGUGCUCAAGAGGAAAUGCUCAAGAAGCAGAGUAACAAUGUAAUCAAUGAAGUUGCUAGUAGAAAUAUUUUCCAACUUAUUUGGGGUAGUUGA